CCAAGACCCAUCCGCCUAUACACCGGCGAUUGUCGCGUACCGGCACACAAACAAUAAUUCCGUACGUUUUCUAUUCCGUUCGCCGCAGUCGUCGCGGUGGCCGCCGUGCGUGAUUUCAGUGAAUGCGCCGCCGCCGACCCGGUAAACACGCGGAGUAUCGCAAUCGGCUUUAUUUAUCAUUAUCGUUAUUAUCGACGUCGCCUGAACGACCGGUGCCGAAAAACCGUCCAGCCGCCGCGCGGCGCAGUAAUAGCAGCGGCAGUAACAGUUCCGGACCGUCCGAGCCCGCGCCAGCAGCCGUUUGUCGUCCGCGGCGCUCCCGGACCCCAGCCGGAUCGUUCGGCCGACCAAGGCGCUAAGAAAAUGCCGCACCGCCGACACCGUGCGCACCACCGCGUCUAGUAGGCAUGCCCGAUUUUCCGACACGGCACUGCUGCGGCCCUCGGGCGCUCGUUUUGAUCCUGUUACAGCUGCACUCGACGACGGCGACCGGCUUUUGGACGUCCGACGGACGGACGGCGCUCGGUCUCUCCGGGACCGUGGCGCGCGCCUUGAACCGGAUACGCGCGUCGGCGCGCGACCAAAGGCUGGCGGACGGCUUGUGGCUGGAAAGGUCAACGCCCGUCGACGGGGCCGCGGAACCGACGACGGGGGCGUCGUCGAAACGUCCGCCGGCCGACCUGUUGGAACUGGCCGACGCCGUUUUCGACACUCACCGGCUGUCGUGGCGCAACGCCAUCGUGCCCGGGAUCGACUUCAACGUGUGCAAAGACCGGACGCAAACGUACCGGUUUUACGUGGCGCGGAACGCGAAAAACAGCAACGGCGAUACCGGUAAAUACCAAAUAAACAACGAUAAUUGUGUAAAACAAUAAUGGCGCCUAGUUAUUGCCGUUCGGAUCGCCCGUCGUCUCGUUAUUGCGGCGGCGUUUUUCGCCUAACCCCCCCCCCCCUCCCCCCCCUCCCCCCGUCGGGUAAUUUUGUUGAUAAUGCCGCAAGUGUUGUAACACUGCGCACCUAUAAUGAUCACAGGUACGCCGUCGUAAUAUUAUUAUCGUUAUUAUUACUAUCGAAGAUGAGGUUAUGAUGAUGUUUUAAUGCGGUCGGCGUUUUUGUUUUUAAAAACGCGCGUCUAACGAUGAUCGUAAUUUAUAAAAAAAAAAAAAUUGGUAUAAGCGAUUUAUAAUUGCCGCGGAAACAUCGCCGCGCGCGAUGGCCCGUCCCGUUCCGUCGAUUGCGAUAUGUUUCGAAAUCUGAGUCUUUCGGAACGAAAUUAUGCGAUUUGUACGGGAAAACGUGCCGAGACCGUGAUCAUGGUCGAAUAGACUAGAUUCCGCUUUUGUAAAAAUCGAAUGCGCGGACACGCAAAUAACUAUUGAUAGAAAUUAAAAAAAUGUUCGUUUUAAUUACGAAUAAAAAGUUCGCGGACCAACGGUAUGUUACACUCACAUUUUUUACGACAUAUUCGGGGUAUUCAAAGGUAGGUACCUACUCGACAAAACCGUAAUUAGAAAAUACUUUCGACUGUGGGGGGAGGGGAAGAGGGAAACAAACCAAAAACGCGUGUUUUAUAGUUAUAGAUUUGAUAUGGCGUAAUGUAACUCGAACGCAUUUCGGAGGGAGGGGUUAAACCCCCGAAAAACGCCCCUCGAGUACGACUUUGGUACUCGACCACUCGAAUCUGUUUACACCGUUCAAAUAUAAAUCUCAAUCGAAUACCUAUCUUUUUAUUUUAUUAGAUAUGCAUUGUGUACAACGUUACACAGCGUAUCUAGAUACACGUUGAUCAACCGAUACAACCUGUCGACCUUCGAAUAUUCUUAAAAAAACGUAGAAUAUCAUAUUUUCACUUAAGGGUCAUGCGCGUGGCCCGUUUAUUAUACUUGAAAACAUGUUUUACAGGAACGUGUUUCGUGUCUCGUAAAGUCGACCGAUUUCGAACAUUUUUUUUUUUUUUCCGGAAGGAUGAAGACUACCUCCACGGAGCAUUUGACUUAGAUUAUAAUAAUUAUACUUCCAAACGCUUUAAUUAGAAUGUGACCGGUUUUCACCAUUUUUAAAACUAACUUGUUGCGUAUUUUGAUUAAACAAUCAAAAAUCAAAAUCUAAUGCAUCCCGCGGUACGAAGUUUUGCCUAUCCAACGAGAGAAAAUGAUCGAAAUCUGAUUUUUCUACAAGGCACACGAGAUUUUACUGUAAAGCUUAUUUUGAGCACAAAAACAAAUCAUGUCCCAUAAUAUAAAAAUUAAAACUGAUUGAACUAUUUGAUUAAGAUUUGUCGGUGAAUUUUUCUCUGUUCUUGAGUCAGGUUGUAAAUGUGCAUUUUUUUUUUUUUUUUUUUUGUCAGACAACUUUUUAAAACAACUCAAAUUAUAAUUAACAAUAAAUCCCAAUAGUAUAAAUAAUAUAGAUAAAUAAGUAAAUACAUAUAACUUAUAUAAAUCAAAGUGUACUCUGGUAAUGUCAUGGUCGAUAUUGGUUAUAAAAUCACACAGUUUUCGCCCAGUACUGGGCUACGUCAAUGACCUUUUGAUUUGCUUGUAUGAUGUCCUUUUCGAAACAAUAGCGCGCGUGCAAUCUGGACACCUGAGUAAAUGAGUUCUUGGCCGCGCGGGCAUGUCUCAUUUCCUUCGCCCAGUAGUCCAUAUUUCUUCAUAUUGACUUAACAGCGUCCCACACCAGUUCUAAGUCUGUUCGGAGACUUCCGAAUCUGCCAUUUGUUUCCAUAACCGGGUGGUAAGGUUCCCUUUGGUCGUAGCCAUUGAUUUUCGGAAUAAGUUUCCAUAUUCCAUUUGUCGAGUCUAGACUCACUUGGUGUUUUAUUUAGCUCAGUAAUUCCUUUCAAAAUAACUAUUACGUGACUUAAGCCGGUUAAAUGAGCUAAUUAAAUGAUAGUGAAAUAUGUUAUUAAUAAAUCGGUCAAAUGAUAUAAAAUGUAUAAAUACAUAGAACGCGAAUUAUGGUACACAAAAUAAAAUAAAUAAAUAAAUUCAAUUUGAUAACGUGGAGUUGGUAAAUAAAACAUUAAUCACGGUAACAUUCUAUAGAUUUUGUAUUGCGUCCGAUGUGAAUUCGUCAGCCACAUUUACGUGCGCGGCCGUGCCGAAUUUUCUGUUGACCGGCGCACAGCGUUCGCGAAUCCAUAAUUUUAGGUGUUCGUAUUGGUUUGAAGUUCUCGGCGAUUGAACGCGUUUUGGUCUUCUCCGUUUAUGCCUCGAUUUCACCACGUUAGAUUUCGUUCUCGGUAUUCCGACUCUUGUCUCAUCUGCCGUAUAAUAUGGUUUUUCAUAACGUUUAUACGUAUCAGACGUAUUUCGCCUUAUAACGGGGCAGUUGUCGGAUAGGUCGUGGAUAGGCUAUUCCGUAUCCAGUUGCUGUUCGUCUUACCUUCUCCUUUUAUUUUUAUUUUUCCUACUAGUCUGGAUGUUCGUGUAGUUCUUCGGCUGUUUCCAAAAAAGCUUUUUCCUAUUUAAAUCGUGAUCCCGUUAAUAUUUUAAAACGUUAACAAUUAAUAGCAAAUCCCUAAUAGAACGUAACGAGCGCGACUCUCAAAUGUAAAAAGCGUCGAACAGCGGGGACUCAAAGGAGGUACAUUUGAAUCACGCGGGUGUUGAGGAAUAUAACAAAAAUGAUUGCGUUUCAAUAAAACAAGUCGUUAAAAGAGUUUUAGGCCGCGCGAAUUUGAUAAAUUUGACGAAAUUCAUUGAAAUUUAACAAAUUCCAAUGCAUCUAUAUUCUACGGUAGGAUGGGGGUAUUUUCGGGUUGUGGCGGGGGUGGUGAUGGGUGGAGAAUGUUAUCACUGAUUCAAGGUAAAACUACUCCGAGCCACCACUGGACUGCCGUCCGUCGAGUAAUUAUCGUAUUAUUAAUAUAGUCAAUGAGCUGUUCGUUAUUCGCGGUCUACUUAUUGUUUGUGUACCUACACGUGCAUCGCAAUUUACGCACUGGUAAAAUGUUCCGUUUGUGUUUUAGUGAGUCCAUGCGACCGCCUCGCAGGUUAUGAAUUCUUUGAGCAAUCGCGGCUGUAAUAAACGCGCGUGUUUACCUCGUCCUAUAUAACUUUCUGCACUCCGUACACCAUUAUUACAAUUAUAACACGCGUGAGACGGGUCACCGCGGCGAUUUCCCGUACGCGUCAACACUGAAAAACGAGAAAUCGUCUGUGUAACGUCUUACAUCCCGCACACGAACACAUGCGAUUUUGUUAAGCGCUCGCGAUUAACCAGGACCGACCGCGUUGUACGCCCGCGAUUUUUCGGAUUUACGUUCUAAUUGGUUUUUUAUUUGGGCGUGGGAUCGCAUACAACGCAAUAUGAACGUACCGGCCGGAUUCUCAGACAAUACAAUACACUUGUAUACGAUUGUUUUACGUAACCAUUAACAUAUAUUAACUGCGAAACGAACGACGUGUACGUUAUUCGAUUUGGGGGCGCGGGCAUGCGCAGAACAUUUUCACUGGGGGGUGAAAACCAUCAAACUACUACAUAUUGCAGAUUAACUAUGAAAAAAAAAUAAAAAUAAAAAAAACGUUAAUUGUUUAAUAUUGUCCGAUUGUUCUAUAACAUUUGUUAUAACCACUAUUGUAGGUGAGAAGUCGAGAAGGUAGGAUACAAAAGGCAAUUUAAUGUUUAUCUUAUAAACCACUGCUAACGAAAAAACUAUUCUGAGCGGAGUUCAAUUGUUCGUGAUGUUUUCUCAACAAUAUAUACGUAUGUCAUAUUGUGAUAAAAUAAUUGAAUAGGCAUUAUAUAUUUUCUUUAAUAAUAUUUGUUUAAUAUCGUACCGAUUUUCUCGUUUUUCUCGGUUUUUCACAUUUUCUGGGAAAAUCGAAAUAUGACCUCCCUAAAGUAUCUACCUAGUCAGAUUUCCUUUUAUAAAAAGUGCUAUCAUUGUAAAUCGGAGCAAAAUUGCUAGUAGAAAAGUUAUCCACAGAAAAAAAAAAUCGUAAUACUUUACUAAUAUAUUUCGUAUAUUUUCCCGUUUUCCUCCGUUUUUUCGGUUUUUCAAAUUUGAUGAGAAAACUCCUAAGAAAAUCGAAAAAUGACCUUCUUAAAGUACCAUUCUAAGAAAAUUUCCUUUCAGGAAAUGGUCUACAUCGUAAACAUCGGAUUAAGCUAUCUGAUAGAAAAAGUGUUCACAUAAAAAAUAAAAUAUAUCUUUGUAAAACCAAGACAUUCUACGCUACACUCAAAAUCUAAAAAACCAUAUAUAUGUUGCCAUAUGGAAAAUUAGUCUUUUUGCGAAAUGACUAGGCUCUUCUUUGCAAUUGGGUAGUCCGUUUGCGAACUGCCUACUUAUUUUACCAAACGGCCUACUGUUUUUCAGGCUUAUUGCAUAUAGACUAACAGCAGUUAAGCCUUUUAAGAACUACAAUAAUUAUAAUAUAGUAAUCACUAUUUUACUCGUUUUAUUUCAAAUUAUUUCGAGAAUAUUGCUGACCUAGAAACAAACGUUUUCUAUGUAUAAUAUAAAAUAUAUGAUGAGGAGAGUUCUCACUAUUAAAUUAUACUAUAGUAGCGCGCAGGAUACUAUUAUAAAAGAUUACAAUUAAUGAUAUACAUAGUAGUUUUAAAAUUGGAAGGGGAAAUUACCACAUAAGGGUCCGAGGUGCGUUGUCUGGACAUAUGGCAAUUGAAAUUAUCAAACUCAAUCUAUAUUAAUGUUUAGAACGAUAUAUUAUUUAGUAGGUACUAUAAGUACCUACUUAGGUCUUCGGUAUACCUGACUCUAGAUAAUUUCGGAUCGGUACUCGUUUUCAAAAGUAUUCUAUUAUUAACACGUUAAUUAUUAUUUUGCACUAUUAAACCCAUAUAGACUUAUGCAAUAUCUAAAUGGAACAUGCACCCCGAGGACCGUUAGGCGUGGUCGGUCCAAACUGAUCAAGAGAGCUCGACCGAUAUAAAGCCCAGUGUGAGAGAGGACUCCGAUUUACACUCCGAGGACAGGCAAUUAAAACACUCCGUUUAUUAUCUCGCGUGUUUCUGUUCCCGAAAUGAAACUCCACCCGCCGGACGGCGUUUUCAUGCUGAACAACUCUCCCCCCCCUCCCUAGCUUUCUAGCAAGUUAAAAUAAUUAUAUUCAAAUUCAAUAUCUCGAAAUCCCAAAAUUCAUAAUUUUUACCAAGUUGUAUUGAUAUUUAUCAAUGCACCUUGAUUGGUACCUAGUCGAUAGGGAUAUUUUGUGAUAAUAGAAUUCCGGUAAUUUAUUAUCACAAUGUACCGAUCAUUUGUAGAUAAUUUUUGUGGACAACUGACUUGUGAUUAUCUAUUGUGUGAGAAUCCGUUGGGUGUUUAUCCGGAUUAUGUAUGUUAAGUUUAUAAAAAAGUUCGAAAAAAAAGGCGAAGAACUUAAUUUAACAGAAAAAGUCGUUAAUGAAUUUGGGAAAAAUAAAAUAAAAUUACAAUGUAUGUUCAAUUAUAGUUACUAUAUAAGUGUAAAAUUUAAUAUUAAUAUUAUAAUACCUUUAACAUUUUUUUUGAAUAUACACCACAUAAUACAUUAACAAAAGUGUUUGAUUAUUAAUAAAAAAAAUUAAAGCUGCCCCCUCCCCUAAACGUUCACCCCCGGACGUCCUUAAUGCGUAAUGUUCCGUCUCAGUGGCGGAUCCAGGGGGAGGGCACAGGGGCACCCCCUUGUUACCCUAACGUUACCCUCAUGUCAAUGGACUACAGUUUUUAUUUAUGUAUUUAAUAUAUAAUUUAUAGUUAAUUUACUGAAAAUAUAUAAAUGAUGUGUCUCCCCCCCCUCUGUAAAAAGUGUCUGGAUCCGUCGCUGUUCCGUCUAGAUGCAUUUUGAGUCUAUAUGACCUAUGCGCAGUACGCAUACACCUACGAGUACAACGCCUACACUUGCGCGCGAGAUUCACAAUUUUAAAAAACCGUCUGUUUGUUCCAGCCACUCGGACUUUCGGUGUACAACGCCGGCGAAUGCAACUCAUAAUGCUACCGAUAAUGUACAAACUGGGCGUAAUCACCACGCUGCUCACCGGUUUGACCGUGCUCAGUCUAAAGGGUGUGACGAUCGGCGUCAUACUGCUGAUGUUGGCCGUCACCAGCAUCGUGGCGAGGCUGCAUCCGCCCAAGUACGGUGCGUACGGCGGCGGUGGCGGCGGAUGGUACGCCGCAGCGUCGCCGUGGUCGGGACACGAUCCGUUCGACCGGUCGUCGUCCCAGCAACAGCAGUCGCCCGACAAGAACAUACACGUUCACGUGCACACCGCGCCCGGCCCGGCCGUCUCGUCGGCGGGUAUGGCGAUGUACAGAGGUCCGUCGGCGUACGACCGCGACGGAUCGGGACCGGCGGACGACGGAGGCGGCGGCGCGUCCUACUGGAACCGCGGCAACGACGAUUAUUAUUACGAGGCCGCUGCGAUCAAUCACAAUAACAAUUAUUAUUAUCACAACAGGCCAAUCAACAACGGAGCCGGCCCGGUCGAGUCUACUACCGUGUCAAGCGUCUAUCACCGUUGGCUGGGAUAAACGCGCCGACCCAAGUCAGGUUCGGUUGGAAUAGGUCAGUUCGCCGACUAACCUAACUCACGUAACCAAACCCGUUCCUGUAUCUAUUUUAUGGAUUUUAUCACGCGGCAUUAUAUUGUGUAAAUAGGCGCGAAUAAGUUUUAAAGACAAAGUCUCAACAAAAAAAAAAAAAAAAAAAAAAAUGAACCUGUAAACUUAAAUUAGUCGAAUGGUGGCUGUAUAUUUCUCGGUAUCUGAUGAAUAGGGCCCGGAUUUCAGUGAAAAAUGCAUAUAUUUUUUUUUGUGAGUUAUAUUAGACAAUAUUUUCCAACUACGUACAUAAUUUGAUUCAUGUAACAGAGACUUCAAAGGUGGACCUUUUAUUUUGCCCUUUUUUUUUUUCGCAUUUUUCAAUGUUUUUUUCAUUUUUAGAGCAUUUUUCGAUAAUUUUUUUCGUUUUAUUGCACAUUUGUAAAAUAUACGAGUAUUUUAUAAUAAUUUAGUAUUUGUACAAAUAUUACCUAUGUUUUUUUGGGUUUUCCAGUCAAUCGGUCAAAUACAGCCCCUCAGUCGAUACUAUCGUCACAAGUCAAUUUUCUCAAUUUUCAGUUUUUUUUUUUUUUUUUUUUAAUAAAAUAAAAAUAUAAAUUGUUCAAUAAAAUAAUACAUUUAAAAAAUGUAUACCUAUAUCAUUUUUUAAUGGUAUUUUCGCGGCAAAAUGCAUUUUUAAUUUCUUUUUUUGGCGCAUUUUUCGAUGAGUUUUAGUGUACUGAAAUCCGGACUCUGCCGAUGAAUAUUGAACAGACCAUUAAUUCCUCCCCCCUCCCCCGAACCGCCCUCAAUUAUUUGCGCUGACGGCGUCCCUAUAUUAUUUUCGUGUGCUUUGCGGCUUUAUAUAAUAUAAAAUACCUACAUGUAUUUAUCGUCUAUCAUUAAAUUAUUGAACGUGUUGUCCCACACGUCGUCGGUUGCUUUGAGAACUUUUUUAGUAACCUCAAACGCUCAUCGCAUUAUUAUUCAAUAAUAUACCACAUAUAUGCUUUCGCUAUUACGCACUAAUUUAAUACACGGUAAAUAAUCUCCAUUAAUGCGAAUUAGCGUGUGGAUUCAUAUACAUCUCAAAACUCUGAGUGUUAAACUCUCAAAAAAUAAAAUCUAUAAAUAAUAUGUCUAUAAUUUAAUAAUAAAUUUAUUAUGAAUAUACUCAUAUAUAUAUAUAUAUAUAUGUAUAUAGGUACAUAAUUUAUAAUUCAAUUUCUGUCAAAAAUAUCAAUACACUUGCGACUUACCGUUUAAAAUAUGCAAUGCAUUUUUUAAUACCGCUCAUUUGUCAAAUCGAAUGAAAAUGUUUUAAAACGCGUUAAAUUAAUGUUUGUUCCACGUAAAUUCAUAUCACUUAAGUUUAAAUAUACACGAAUUAUUAGGUUAAUGCGCAAGAGCGACUCGCAUAUUGAAAUCGUGGUAAUUCUAAUAAUAAUUCACCUACUUUACUUAUUAUUAUUAUGUUAUAAUUUAAAUACCUCUGUUAUUUUAUAAACAGUAGCUUGUAAUUUUAUUAUCCUGGAUUUUGUAAACAUAUUUUACUAUCUAUAAAAAAAAAAAUAAAGUAUUUAUUAAUUUAUU